AUGGGAUCACGCGUCAGUACUAAUAAAUUAAUGUCCUAAAAUGAAUAAUUAGAGGAGGAUAAUUAAAUUACAGCAAAUAAACCAUAGGCUUUCUAAUAUUAUCCUAAACUUUAUUAACAAAACUGUGAAAAUCAAAUUAAUGACAAUAUGGACACUAAUUAUCAAUGUUUUCUAUUUUUUGGAACAAUCGAACAGUCCGUUUAAUCUAAUAAUAUGGAGGAUAGUAUUGAUAGCCAAGAUAGUAAAGAAACUCCUUGUUGGAAUAUUCCAUAAAGUCUAAAUAAUACGGACAUUACUAAUAAUUCAAAAACUAAAAAAAUUCUUAAAAAAUCUUAAACCAAGUAAAAACAAGGGUGCAAUAUAAUAUAAAGAUUAAGUAUAGAAAGAAUAGUUUGA